GGGUUUUCUAUGAGUCAGUCGAGGUUUGGACAGUGAGAGAGGAGGGUUGGUGCUCGCGGUCACACACACACACGUUCACCCUCGCCAUGGCUCUAGAUACUGGGAUGAAAUGUGUUAAAUAUCUCCUUUUUAUCUUCAAUCUGCUCUUCGUGGUGUCCGGUUCGGCAGUCAUCGUGGUCGGCGCAGUGAUAGAAGCCAAGUAUGGAACGUAUCUCAACUUCAUGUCCACGUAUCUGUCAGCCCCCUCAGUGCUCAUUGCUGUCGGGGUUCUGAUCUUCUCCGUGGGUUUCUUCGGCUGCUGUGGCGCCAUCAAGGAGAAUCACUGCAUGGUUGUCACGUUCUCGGUGUUGCUGGUGGUGAUCUUCGUGGUGCAGGUGGUGGUGGGGGCCGCGUCUUACAUCAUGCGGUCAGAGGUGGAGAGUUUCCUGCGCAAUAACAUGUUCAAGUCAAUGACCACCUACAACAAGACCAACGAAGGAGUGUACAGGACCUGGAACGUGAUACAACAUGAUAACGCCUGCUGUGGCACUGACGGCUUUCGGGACUGGGAGAGCACGGCAUACGGUCUAUCAGUGGAGGGCGUGCCUGAUGACUGCUGCAAGGAGACCAUUCAGGAUUGCGGCAGGAACGUCUUCACUACUGGAUUCUCUAAUCUGGACCUAAUUAACCAGGAGGGCUGCUUUGACAAACUGAAGGGUGAUGUGGAAGAAAACCUGACCAUUCUAGGAGGUGUGGCCAUCGGGAUAGGCUUUGUGCAGUUGGUUGGUGUGGCCUUUGCUUGCUGUCUGGCCAAGUCAUUGAAACGCCAGUGUGAGACAGUGUAAAGGAGGCCACACACCCUUGCCGCCCUGCCCCACACUGGCCUCCCUCACCCCUCAUGACCUCUGUGCUGGCUGCUGGAGGCCCUGACACACACAGACAUGAGUAUACACAUAGCCCUGACACUCAUACAUGCAGACACGCACACAUACACAUGCGUAUACAGCCCUAACAUGCCUCUAAUCUAACCAUGAAGGAAAGAAAUCAGUAUUAUGUGUGUUUGAGGGUUUGUUAGCGCACACACACACACACACACACAUACACAUACAUACAUACACAGUACAUCAGUUGAAUGCUUUGUGUGUGUGUGUGUGUGUGUGUGUGUGUGUGUGUGUGUACAGAUGCUAAGAAUUUGGUACUGAAAGAUGAAAUAUAAUUAGAAACUUGACUUAAGCUUGUAAAUAUGAAGGUACACACACACACACACACACACACACACACACACACACACACACACACACACCAGGGCAGCAUACAGGGUGAGGGGAGAACAAGACAGGCAGGGUAGGUCAGGGUAGAGAAAUGACAACACCAAACAACACCACCACCACCACCACCACACCACCACUGCCCUGUGUGUGGUGGUGUGGCAGUGUGGUGGUGAGUGGAGGAGGAUGGCACGUUUGCUGUCCACACCCGGCGUCUGCCACACCCGUCGAGUUUUGGGUGUUUGAUACAUUCUCUUGAAAAUAUGAGUAUUGAUGCUCCCCAAAGCAAUCUUCACUUUUAACCCUCGUAGAUAAAGAUUCCCAUGUCCCACUGAUCCUAUUUGUCUACUACUACUACUACUACUACUACUACUACUACUACUACUACUACUACUACUACUCUUCACCAUCUUUCCCAGACAAACUUCAUUUUUAAACCCCUUAGAUAAAGUUUGCCAUAUCCCAAUGAAUCUAUAUUUCAUUACUACUACUUCUACUACUACUACUCUCUUCACCACCUUCCCUCUCAUUAUAAUCCUAAGUGCUACAAAAAUUGAUACCCCAGCCCUUUAUAAACCUCUUAGAUCAAGUUUGCCAUGCCCCAGUGAAGCUAUAUUUCCUUACUACUACCACUACUACUACUACUACUACUACUACCUCCUCCUCUUCACCACCUUCCCUCUCAUCAUAUCCUAAGUGCUACAGUUAAGGCCCCAUUUUGUUUUUUUAUUGAGGCUGACUGGAUGUUUAAUUCAACUCGAGGAUAACAAAACGAUAGACUUAAGAGCUUCUAGUUAACCGUAACACUGAAACACUUUAAUGGCAAACUAAUAGCGCUGGUUGUCACUGUCCUCGCUUCCUCUCGCCAGUGCCACAUCCAUGCAGUGUCGUGUUUUUGGCACUCUGGUAUCACAGUUUUUCCCUCUCUCUGGUUCAUAUGUAUAGUUUUAGAAUAAUGAGAGAUGUAAAGCUGUAUUGUAAAUUAAGCACUGUGUCACUUCACUUUAUUACUUCCCAAAGGCUGUAGUUGAAGUGGUGCUGGUUUUCAAGGGUGCUUUUGUGGUUCUAGUGGCAGAUGAACAAGGUUUCUACGCUGUGAACCGGAGAAGUCUUGAGAACAUGGCUAGUUGUUCUGUGGUCUUUGGAAACAGUGAAAGAGCAGUAAUUCAGUGCUGUGGUGCUGUGGUGUGGUAUGGUAGCCUCCUCACAACACCAUUUCAACCACCACCACCACAUGAUCUAUGGUAACACUACACCACCACCACCACCACCACCACCAGGCCUUAAUGUAACCACAAAUCAAAGAGAAGUGUCUGGGCAGCAUCGAAAGUGGCGGUGGUGAUGGUGGUGGUGGUGUGAGACAAGCUUUAAAUGAGUGUGGUGGUGGUGGUGGUGGUGGUGGUGAGAGGGAGUGUGGGUGGUGUUGGUGGGGUGAGGCUGGACUUGUCUGCUCACCCUGGUACUGUAUGUAGAGGCCAACAAGGUAUUAAAUAUUCUUGUUUACAAAUGUAUAAAGCUUUCAUAUUGGCAAAAUGUGUAGCACUAUUUUGAUAAAGCCAAACAUGGAUGGACGGACGGAUGGAUGGAUGGAUGGAUGGAGGCGUGACUAGCAGGGCGGCUGAGUGUGCAGUGAAGGAUGUGCCAAAUGUACACAGCAGAGGUCACACUUGCUGACCUGACCCCUUUUUGACCUGUGCUUGCCAUGCCAGGUCAGGGGUCAGGGGUCACGCUAAGGUGCUCCUGCCAGCGUGACCUGGCCUGAGGGAUGACUGUGACCAUGUGUUAGACUUUCUUGACCUCUAAUACUAUAGGUCACUCUUGUAUUGUGACUGUAGCCUCUUCUGUGUACCGCGUGGUGUGUGUGUGUAUGUGUGUGUGUGUGUUCAGUCUGAGCUUGCAUUAUAACAAGUAAUUAAAGUUAUUCACCACAAGAGAGUUACAUAAAUACCACUUAACAUUUAUAACAUAUAUAUAUUUGUAAAUACUGCAUCUCAACGUGGGUUCCUCACCUCUCACUCACCCGCGAGGGGAGAGUGCCCCCUCCAGGACUUCCCCCAGCUUUUCCCCUCCCUCCCUUGGUUGUCUUCCUUCACCCACAAGGCCCGCCCUGCCUCCCCCACCCUCUCAUCCUUCCAUCCUCACCCUUAUUACAUCCCCUCUUUUCCUCAGCCCCCACAGCUUUUGCCUCCCCUCCUCCCCAAGCCCCCCCCCCAUGCACGGUUGGGGUCCACGCCUCCUCUCCCCCACCCUCCCUCCCCGACACAGUAUGGAAGAGAAGACUUUGUGGCGUGUCGAGCGUUGUGUUAAGUUAUUGCGUUAUAACCUUAUUGUUGCCAACGUUGUCUUUACUCACUCCUCUUAUGAGUUUAGAGGUCACAGGGCACAGACACCGCCAGCUAGCAGAGUCGCGGCCCACGCUGUGACGCUGGCUCUUAUUCUGUUGCAUCACUCUCCACCACCACCACCACCGGUUAAUGAAUUGUCACUUGUCAUUGGUGAGGCAGUGUGUGUGUGUGUGUGUGUGUGAGAUUUCCGUUAUGAUGUGUAAGUAGUGUACAAAGUAGAGAACAUCACGUGACAGCCAUCUGUGUGUGUGUGUGUGUGUGUGUGUGGACAGGAUAACAUGUGGACAACAUGUGUACGUGUCUGUGCGAGGGUUCAGCUCGCGUGGCGGCGGCAGGGUCGGCGGCGUCGCGGUGGUGGACUGGUGGCCCUGCGCGGUGUUGUAUGGUGUGCUGGUGUAGUUCCUCAGCCCUCAUAAGGAGACUGCCUCCCACAUGCAGGCCACACCAGCACCUGCUGCAGGCUGGGGAACCGCGGGACGCUGUGGCUGAGUGGCAUAUGGUGGUGCUGUUGCAUGCCGUGUUGUGUUGUGCCGCGCUGCCUGCACCCAGCGGCUGCUUGUCAACCUGAGUCUGUUGUCACUACUUUGCUUUGUACUGCGGGGGUGGAGCAGCACCUCCUCCCCCUUCUCCUCCUCCUUCAGCCUCCCACACUGGCAGGGGCGCCGCGCCGCCCUCUGGAUCCCUUGGAGCAGCUCGCUGCACAGGCCACAGGGCGAGGCCGUCCCUACAGCAACCUGGCCAGGAGGUGACACAGCUUGUUUGAUGUUUGCUGCCAGCUUGAAUCACUGCCGCACCGCGCUGCUCAUCACGCCGCCGCAGGUCGGACAGCGCGGCAGGGCACGGCGGAGGCGGCACCAGCACCAUCAGCCUGUCACUGACUGUCACAGCUGGGCUGGUGAGAUACUACCAGGUGUCAGUGUGCCACAGCGGCGGUCACUUGGCGCUUUACAUCUGCCCGAGGCCAGUGUUGUAGCCAUGCGAGGCUAAGGAGAGGCGCGGCGACGCUUGGGUGGCGACUACACCAGCACCCCUGUGUAUGUGUGUGUGUGUGUGUGUGUGUGUAUGUAUGAAGGAAACGCGGUAGUAUUUUUAACCUUUGCACAAAUGCACCUGUAAGAUUUAUCUUGCACUAGCAGCAGCAGCGGCGGCGGUGGUAGCCUGGGGCGGCACCCUCAUGGUGGCUCUGGCAGUCUGAUGCCCAGCAGGGCUAGGUCGGCCAGCCAGGCGCCAGCAACGCCCCAGGCUGACGCUGCUCUACGUAUUAUAAACAUUUGGAUAUUUAUACUUAAAAAUGUCAGGAAAAAUCUAUACUAGAAACGUGUGAAAACAAUAAAACUAUUUCAAGA